GAUUUUUAGAAAAGGUGGCGUAAUAAAAACGCUGCUAUCUUUCUUUUUCUGAAUUGGCUUAACAUUGUGUAAGAAAACGAAUACAACUGUCUACAGAACAGCUUGAAAAAUAUGGAGUAAGAACAACAGAAUACGAUAUACUAGUAGCUGUCCUUGUCUUUCAACGUAAUGGUAUCUAUCUAUCGACCCCUUUUGGAGGAAUGUAUUGGAGGAACCGAUCUUCUAUCAGAUCUUGGUGAAAUCAUAGGAAAGGAUGGUAAACUUCAAGUUCGAAAAACUGGGAAAGAGCAAGGGUCAAAACACUCAAUGCACAUUCUUCUGGAUCUGAUGGACGCUUGUCAACACAAAGAAAAGUGGUCAUUUUUCUACAAAGCCUUAGAGAAAAAUGAUUUUGAGCACGUGAUCGCUGCGCUAAAAGAAGAAAACAUUCCAGAAACUGUUCGAAGGCCAUACUGCGAAGUAUUACUUAAACCGGAAAAUGUAUAUUUCCAAGUUUUUCUCAAUCAAGAGAAGAUGAAACUAUUGACUGAUGGAAAACUGAUUUCAUGUGAAGACAGUAAAAACAUCUUAUCUGAGAAGGAUAUGACAGGAAGUGACUCAGCAGCCAUUUUGGUUCUCCUAGAUCGGCUAUGGAGAAGGAAUGCUUCGUGGAUAAGUAUAUUGGCCAGUAUAUUCCAGGAUCUAGGAGUGGAAGAUCUAUCUAACAAACUCAGUAUGUAUAUCAAUGAUGAAACAGAACCCAAAGAACUCCAAGUCUCAAAUCCGAAUCAAUGGGAUCUGAAAUCAAAAAAUGGUCGGGAGGAGCAAGUUGAGAAUCGUAAGGUAAAGGAAAAUCAAGAGGAGACAUACCCUAAGACAGCUUUCAAUACCAAACAAGGAGUGUCAUGUACAGCCAAAGUGGAAGAGAUGGUAGACAGUGAAAACGAACCGUUAUGUUUGGCAGAUACUUCCAGAUUAAAUUUGCCUAGUCUAGAGACGCCUUUGUACGAACGACAGUCAUAUAAUUUGGCAGAUGCUUCUGGAUUAAAUUGGCAGAGCAUAGAAACAACCCUGGAGGAAUCUCCAGUGCUAUUAUCAAGCAAUACCGACAGAGUAAACGUGGCGGUGGAUGAGGGAAAUAAUAGCAAAAAGAAAGAGAAUAUGGGGACUGAAAGAACAAUCAAUGAGUGCGGAAACGAAGGGGUGACAUCUGAUCAAGUACAGAGUGUCUUGAACUAUCUGGAUGCCACAGUUGAGCGCUCUGCACGCAGAAACGAUUCAGAACCUUACAAUGACAGUUUAUCAGAAAACGAUGAAGAUUUGAAGAAGUCAAAGCAAGAGAAAGAUGUAGAGGAAGCUACGGAGAAAGAAGUCUAUCCUACACUAGCAUUGAGGGAAUAUCAACAGGAACUGGCAGAAUUGGCAAUCGAUGGCAUUAAUACAAUCAUUUGUGCUGAAACGGGGACUGGUAAAACAUACGUCGCUCUAUAUAUAACUCAAGAACAUCUUGCCAGCAAACCUGAUGCAUGUGUUGUUUUCCUUGCUAGGACCAAUGCCCUUGUUGAGCAGCAGUACGAAAUAUUUGAAAAAUAUUUAUAUAAAUAUAAAGUUUAUCAUCUUAAAACUGAAAGGACAGCAGCGCUGGGCAGGAAAUUGGAAACUGCCAAGAAAACGCACCAGGUGAUAUUUAUGACGCCACAGAUUCUUCUAAACAACAUCAAUAGUAAACAGAUCUCUCUCCAGGAAAUUUCACUGCUGAUCCUGGACGAGUGUCACCACACAAGGAAGAGAGAGCCAUACAAUAAUGUUCUAAAGCAGUAUAUAACGCUCAAACGAGAGGGAAAAGACAAGCAGCUACCACAGGUUUUGGGACUAACUGCAACCAUUGGGGUUGGUAAAUCCAGCACAGAAGAUGGGGCAGUGACACAUAUACUUAGUGUGUGUGCAAGUCUAGAUGUGUUUGAAAUAUCGAAGGUCAGAAAGAAAAUAAAGGAGUUGGAGAGUCAUGUUGCCGUUCCAAAAAGAGAGACUUUGAAACUUAUGGAAAAGGAAAAAGACUUGCCAAAACAGAUCAUUCUGGAUAAAAUUGAGUCAAUUGAGCAGUAUGUAGGCAAAACAGAAGUGGUAAAUCAGCCAAAACUCAAGAAACAAUGGGACAGAAAACCAAAGAAAAAAGAUGGCAAACAGUAUCAGAAAUGGACAAUCCACUUCAGAAACAGAGUGAUAUGUAAACUAAAGAGUGAUCCAAAGCUCCUUAGAAAGCUACACGUAGCCCUUACUCAUCUGUCGGCUUAUAACGAAGCCCUAGGCGUUAAUUAUUUGAUGAACAGCGCACAUGUUGCUGACUAUUUGAGGCGAAGGUUUGAAGAUGACAAAAAUCAGCAUCAAAUUCCGUUAAUGGAACAUCAUAAUCUGAAUGAAGAGGAAGUAGAAACACGGUUUUUACGGUAUAAUGAAGAAGUGUGUCAGGAGCUCCAGGCACUGAGUGAAAUGAUCAACCCUCAUCUCAAGAUGUUAAGGAACCACUUGGUCGAUCUUAACUCUGACCUUGGUGAGAGUGUUAGAGGAAUGAUCUUUGUAGAGACUAGAGCAACGGCUUUUGCACUAUCACAGUACAUAUCAGAAGAGCUAGCAAUGAUAGGGUACAGAGCUGCGCCAUUUACUGGCAGUAAAUCUAGUGACACUAGCGAAGGAAUGCAGGAUGAAGAGAAAGCAAACACCUUAAAGAACUACAGAGAAGGAAAAAUAAAUUUAUUAGUAGCUACGUCUGUUGGAAGUGAGGGAAUUGAUGUCCCGGACUGUAACUUCAUCAUAACAUAUAAUUACACGGGGAACGAGGCAGAUAUAAUGCAAAUGAGUGGCCGUGCUAGAAAACAUGGUUCCAUGGUAACGCAUAUAUCCGACCAGACAAUCCAGCGCCGUGAGGAAACAAGUCUACAGAAAGCCCUUUUGAUGGCACGUGCUUUUGACCGUCUGGAGGAUAUGAAAACAGAAGAUCGACACAGAAAGAUUCUGGAACAACAGCUUAAAAUCAAGAGUGCAGAGAUUGGGGCUUUCUUUUUAGAGAACACUGUCGAAAAAAUAAAUAAUUCCUUUGCCAUGAUUUGUUGGGUAUGUCAGAAGUUUGCUGUGAUGAGCCAUGAUAUCAGGAUCUUCACAGGGCAGCACAGGGUUGUAAUAGACCAAAACUUUGAAGAUCGCUGUACAUUUGAAGAAACAGACGAGAUAUCCAGAUUCAAAAAGAGAAUCAUUCGUUGCAAAGAAUGCAAAACAAAAUGGGGUACAACUUUUGGAGUGGAUGGAUUUGAAGUACCUGUUUUGAAGGUGAAGGCCUUUUUGUUUGUACCAGGAUAUACCGAAGGAAAUAUGUCCGACUGGAAGGAACGAAGAAGAUUCAAGAAGUGGGGAAAAGUUGAAUUUUUCAUUGAGGAGAUUGACAAGUCACGACUAAUUGCAGUUCUUACUGAAAUAAAGAAGACGGUAUCAAAUCCACUUGAAGCUUAGAGAAAAACUAUGAAUAUUAAGGAUGAUGAAUGCAUGCCUUCUAAAUCGUAUCGAUAACGAAAAUAAUGGUCUUUAUAUAGUGUUGUACAUUGUCAGUUAUAAUAUCAAUUCAAUUUUUGAACAUUAUCACUCGUGUCGAAUAGUCUAUUCAAUUUUUAAACAUUGACGCUAGUGUCGAAUAGUCAGUUGCUUUGCUAAAUGUUUCAAUCCAAUAAUUAAAUUCGAGACCUUAUUCACAAGGCCAUCCACAGCUACAUAAACCUUACGGAUACCCUAAAGGAUGUGAUAAUAUAAUUUAAACAUUAUUCCUAAACGUUUCCGGUAACGUUCACUUAACGUGUGCGGUGUUAACGGAUUCGUUAAGACAAAUUCUAUAUAUCUGCAACUUUCAUUGGUAGAAAAAAAAUAGAUUGUGUGUGUCA